CAACCCGAGUUAGUUAUUCCCUAAUUCCAACUUCUUUCCGCUUUCCACGCUCCUUAAUCACACAGCAAGUAAAGUGCUGACACAAAAAACGAAUAGUCUGCUAAAACUCGGAAGAAAACCCAAACAAGACAUCAGAGAAAGCAAUCUGUGAAAUGAGUUGCAACGGUUGUCGAGUGCUGCGAAAAGGUUGCAGUGAAACAUGUCCUUUGAGGUCGUGUCUGCAAUGGAUCGAAUCCGCUGAAUCGCAAAGACAUGCCACUCUUUUCCUUGCUAAGUUCUUCGGCCGCACCGAUUUAAUGUCCUUCAUUGCUUCUGUUCCCCAAACCAGAAGACCUGCAUUGUUUCAGUCUCUGCUGUUUGAAGGGUGCGGGCGAACGGUAAAUCCGGUGAACGGCGCCGUGGGACUUCUGUGCAGCGGAAACUGGCACCUGUGUGAGGCCGCUGUGGAGACGGUGCUCGCCGGAGGCGUUCUUCGAGCGCAGCCGGAUACAGUGGCUGGAGCUUCCACUGGUAUACGCCGCCCUUUCCGGCCACUAAGAUUGGAACAUGAUGCGAGGGAGAUGAAUGAGAACUCAUCAAGUUUGAUGAACAGAGCAGAGGAACCGGAAACGGUGGGUUACGGUGGUCACAAGAAAAAUCAGAUCUUAAAUUUGUUCAUGUAAGAUAACAAGGGGUUAUACAUGUUGGCAUUAUCAUGGGAAACUUUGGAAUUUUACUAAAAAAAUAUCAAUUCUUAAAAUAAAUUUCAGUGGUUGAAAAAGUUAAUCUUUGAUUU